AUGGCCGCGCUCCGCCCCGUAUCGACGCCGAAGCGCUCCGUCUCGUUUGGUCCCUCGGACGUCAAUUCGAUCAGCCAGGAUCCUGAGACGCCCUCGUCUUCCAACCCGCUGCCGCCCUCGGCACAGACGACGCCGCCUGCGGCGCUCAAGCCGGCGCUCAAGGCCGGCACGGAUCGCCGGAAGCUGCCGCCGCCGGAGCAGUACCAGCAUCCCGACCCGCUGCUGCGCCGGCUGCGCCUGGUCGACGCCCACGGCGAGGCCGUCAACCUGCGCCAGAUGUUCCGGGACACCAAGGUGGUCGGAUUCUACUUUGCCAGCCAGUGGGCCGGCCAGCCGCUCAAGGAGUACCACCAGGCCAUUGCCAACUUUAGCCGGCGGCACCCGCACGAGUUCAAGGCCAUCUACGUCUCGGUCGACGUCGACGAGCAGUGGUACAAGGCCGGCACCGCCAACAAGCCCUGGAUCAGCAUGGUGUGGAACGACGGCUCCUCGAUGCCCUCGGAGCGCCAGGACCGCACCUCGUCGGCGUCGCCCGAGCUCGAGGAGCUGCCAAAGCUCCACAACGGCGAAGACUUCCUCCUGGCCAACGAGACCGACAUCGACGAGAGCCUCUCGCACACCGACCGCAGUGGCGAGGCCUACCUGCGCCCCUUUUCCCGCGUCCACCUGGCGGCCAAGCUCAACAUCGUCGCCGCCCCCACGCUAUGCAUCUACCACCUCGAGAGCGGCAAGAUGCUCGAGUGGAACGUCAGGAUGAGCAGGCUCACCCAGAGCCAGGGAAAGGCCGACGAGACGUGGGAGCGGUGGAAGCGCGGCGAGAGGAGCGCCUCGUUUGGCCUGCAGGAUGCUCUGCUCAGCGCGCCAUACACGCUGGCGGCGCUGGCGCUGGCCGUGGCCCUGUGGCUGGCCAUCCUCUUUGGCGGCCAAGAGUUCAACAUCGUGCGCAACAUCUUUGACAUCUUUGCCGGGUCCAGCCCGCACAACCAGGCCGCCUUUGUCCCCAAUCCAUGA